AGGAGCCGCGUUCCCUUGGAGGGCUUCACGCGUCCGGCUCCCCCGCGCGGUGCGGCGCGUCCGUGGACCAGCCCGAGGUGGAGGAGGGGGGGUGAAGCCCAGCUGAUCAGACCAGAGGCAGGAGCGUGACCAGGAACAUUACAAGAGAGGGUCAGAGGAAGCAGCUGAAGUCUUUGUGAUUUUUAAGACGGAGAAUACACAAAUAUAGAAGAGUGGCGCAGAACAUGUCUCCUCCCGUCACGGGGCUCCGGGAACUGGUGUGAGGAGGAGGAGAAGCUCCGUGGGAGACGUGAGCGCUGCUGACAGGGUGGACCUCUGAGGAACACGGCUCAGUCGGGCUCUGGACACCUUUCCAGCCGGUCUCUGAGUCCACGGAGCAGAGGGAGAGAUGUCUUGGCUGUCACCUGUGUCAUGGGCCAAAUGGACGUGGACGGCGGUGAGAGGGGGGGAGGGAGAGGAGGAGGAAGAGGGGCAGGAGGCCAGCGAGCCGAGGGAGCAACGUGGAGAGGAAGAUGAGGAGGAGGAGGAGGAGAGAUCUCAAGGCUGCAGCUCUGACUCAGAGGGUCAGUUUGCCACUCCUGAAGCUGCCACUCCGGUCCACGGCCCUCCAGCCUUCCCUGGAGAGCUGGAGAACAACAACGACACAGGUCCACCAGAGGAACUGGAUCCACGUGCACCUUUUUUAAGGAAUGUACCUCCCCCCUGCAUUUCAGCCUUCAGUUGCUCACCCAUGCUCGAUGUGGACCAGGAGGAACAGUUGAUAGUGACUGCUCCGGUUUGGGAUCAGGAUCUUUUCCGCAGCCACAACAUGGGUCAAGAUGAGCCUGCAGUGCCCAUGGGUGCACCACUGGAAGUCCACAUCCAGACCCUGGAAGCAGAACAAUCGGAGAACCUUCCAGAAGUCUUGGGCUCUGGGCCUGUUCUCGUUCCACCCUCACUGAAGGAAAUGGCUGAAGUGGCCAAACCCACAGAGCCAUCCCAAGCCCCAGUCCCCAUCCUAGUUGCAGAUCCUGUCCCAGAUGUGGCUCCAGCCCAAGCUCCUGCUCCUGCUCCAGCUCCAGCUCCAGCUCCAGCUCUAGCUCCAGCCCAUGCUCCUACUCCAACUCAAGAACCAGACUCAGUCCUUACCAGGAAACAUGCAGUCAGUCCAGCUCCAGCUCCAGCCCAAGUUCCAGCCCAAGCUCCAGCUCCAGCUCCAGCUCCAGCUCCAGCCCAUGCUCCUACUCCAGCUCAAGAACCAGACUCAGUCCAUACCAGCAAACCUGCAGUCAGUCCAGCUCUAGCUCCAGCUUUAGCUCCAGCUCCAGCUCAAGAACCAGACUCAGUCCUUAGCAGUGAACAUGCAGUCAGUCCUGCUCCAGGUUCUGCUCCUGCUCCUGCUCCUGCUCCUGCUCUAGGUCCAGGUCCUGCUCUAGCUCAAGAACCAGACUCAGUCCUUAGCAGUGAACCUGCAGUCAGUCCUGCUCCAGGUUCUGCUCCUGCUCCUGCUCUAGGUCCUGGUCCUGGUCCUGCUCUAGCUCAAGAACCAGACUCAGUCCUUAGCAGUGAACAUGCAGUCAGUCCAGCUCUAGAGCCCCCUGAGCAGAAACCUCUUGCUGAACCAGAACCACUGUGCAAUGUCCGGGACCAGACCGAGCCUGCUCAAAAGACUAAAACCAGCAAGCCUAAGCCUCCACCCCUGAAGGUAAAGGCCUCGCUGAACGAGCUCGCCCAAACAAAUGAGGAACAAGAACUUCCUGUCCCCGCGGCCACUUACAACUUUGACCCCGACCAGCUGGAUGACAGCUUCAACCCGUUCAACUGCGGAGGAUCCAAAAUCCAGAACUCUCCCCCGCCGUUCGGUUCAGGUUCUGUUCCCAGACCGGAGCCGAUCGGUGGCCCCUCGCCUGUGUAUGAGGCCAGCUUGGCAGCUUCAGCAGAGGCAGAGAUGACGGAGUCCUCGUCGGAGGCCAAGUCUGUGAUGCUUGAGUUCGGUCUGGAUGGGGGGGCGGUCAGCAAGCCCCCCCCGAGGAGGUUAGGUGUUAGAAAGUCAACCGGCAAGCUCACAGCUAAGAGGCAGAAGGCCAAAGGAUCUGAGGCUCCCUGCAAACCUGCAGCAGAGCCCACAGACCCAGAACCAGGUUCUCAACCAGCGUCGGAACCAGUUUCUCCACCAGCAUCAGAACCAGUUUCUCCACCAGCAUCAGAACCAGUUUGUCAACCAGCAUCAGAACCAGUUUCUCCACCAGCAUCAGAACCAGUUUCUCCACCAGCAUCAGAACCAGUUUCUCCACCAGCAUCCGAACCAGUUCCGGAUCUUCUUCCAGAAACUCCUUUGCCAGUGUCGGACUCUUCUGCUCCUCUGAACCUCGAUGACAUUCCUAUUCCUAAGUCGGGAACAUAUAACUUUGACCCGAGUCAGUGGGACGACCCCAACUUCAAUCCGUUUGGCAGCAACAGUGCGACGAGCGGCUCUCCGGUUCCCCCAAAGAGCUCCUGCAGCUUCGAUCCCAACACUUUCGAUGACUCUGCGGACCCUUUCAAACCCUCGAAACCCACGAGCGGCGAGGACGCGUCCGGCGGCGCCCCUCAGCCGCAGAAGAAGGUGAAAGACGGCGGCAGAAAGAAAGUGAGGCCGGUUCCCAAGAAAAGCCCAGAGAAGACGAUCACGAAUCCCUGUAAAGUUCAGAAAUACGAGGAGAGCCCGUCCUUGGUGCUCGACGUGUGCAGUCAGGAGGAGGAUGAGGAGGUGGCUCACACCCCAGAGAUCACUCAGCGGGUUCAUCACGCCACCGAUGAGGAGAAGCUUGCCUCCACCGGCAUGAAGGGCCAGCCGACCAACAGCCAGGAGGAGAGAGGAGAGCCCGACUGCCCGAGAGCGCCUGCCAAGAAGCAUCCAAUCCACGAUGUUUAUUUUAUGGAUGGUCCGGACAGUAAGAGUACAGCUCACCAGGAGGAGGAGGACACCUGCAGCCUGAUGGAUGAUCUGAGUGAGGUGUCCACGAAGCACACGACCAAGAUGUCCGGCGGGGACGUCCGGGACCCAGCAGCCCCGUCCCCUCUGAGUGAGAUGGACAAGGCCGGGGUGCUCGCCCUCAUCCGAGAGGAGAUCAUCACGAAAGAGAUCGAGGUCAACGAGUGGAAGAGGAAGUACGAGGAGAGCAGGACUGAGGUUUUGGAGAUGAGGAAAAUAGUGACAGAGUAUGAGAAAACAGUUGCACAGAUGAUCGAGGACGAGCAGCAGCAGAAGUCCUUGUCCUGCAGUAAGUCCGUCAGGCAGCUGACCGCCGAGAGGGACCAGGCCAUCGCCGACCUCAACUCGGUGGAGCGCUCCUUCGCCGACCUCUUCAGGAGGUACGAGAACAUGAAGGGAGUCCUGGAGGGCUUCAAGAAGAACGAGGAGGUGCUGAAGAAGUGCGCCCAGGACUACCUGAUGCGGAUCAAGCAGGAGGAGCAGCGGUACCAAACCCUCAAGGUGCACGCUGAGGAGAAACUGGACAAGGCGAACGAGGACAUCGCACAGGUGCGUGCCAAGGCCAACUCGGAGAGCGUGGCCCUCGGCGCCAGCCUGAGGAAGGAGCAGAUGAAGGCGGAGUCGCUUGAAAGAGCCGUCCAUCAAAAGAAUCAAGAGAUCGAGGAGCUCACGAAGAUAUGCGAUGAACUGAUCGCCAAGCUGGGGACCGACUAAGAGGCCUUUUAAUGAAACUCAGAGCAUCGUGUAAAUACUGUUUACAUGUUUAUGAAAACAACAUUUGAACUACAGGCGGUUGCUCUUUUCAGACUGAAACAUGAAAACAGAGCAAUCGUGUUUUAUAUUGUGAAGCAUGAACAGAGUUAUCAUGAGGUAUUUAAGAUUUUGAAGGAGAUUUAUUGAGCUUUGGCUAAAGAUUUACAGGAAAUAAGGUGGAAACUAAGGGAAAGAUGACGUGUGCAGCUCAGACAUCUUUUAGCCCAUUAAAGCACAGACAUCUUUUAACACAUUAAAGCACAGACAUCUUUUAACAUGUUAAAGCACAGACAUCUUUUAGCCCAUUAAAGCACAGACAUCUUUUAACACAUUAAAGCACAGACAUCUUUUAGCCCAUUAAAGCACAGACAUCUUUUAACACAUUAAAGCACAGACAUCUUUUAGCCCAUUAAAGCACAGACAUCUUUUAACACAUUAAAGCACAGACAUCUUUUAACAUGUUAAAGCACAGACAUCUUUUAGCCCAUUAAAGCACAGACAUCUUUUAACAUGUUAAAGCACAGACAUCUGUUAACACAUUAAAGCACAGACAUCUUUUAACACAUCUGUUAACACAUUAAAGCACAGACAUCUUUUAACACAUUAAAGCACAGACAUCUUUUAACACAUUAAAGCACAGACAUCUUUUAACACAUUAAAGCACAGACAUCUUUUAACAUGUUAAAGCACAGACAUCUUUUAACACAUUAAAGCACAGACAUCUUUUAACACAUUAAAGCACAGACAUCUUUUAACACAUUAAAGCACAGACAUCGUUUAGCCCAUUAAAGCACAGACAUCUUUUAACACAUUAAAGCACAGACAUCUUUUAACACAUUAAAGCACAGACAUCUUUUAACACAUUAAAGCACAGACAUCGUUUAGCCCAUUAAAAUAUAUUUUAGCGCAUCUUAAAUCUAAAAUAUAUAUAAUAUGAAGAGCGCUUAAGAAAAUCUUAAAUUAUGUUGCGUAAUAAUAUUAAUUUGAUGGUGGUUUGACGGUGAUGAAACUUUGCUCUUAUAAUUCUGUAAUAUUAAAUACUUUUUUUUGCUCUGAAAGUUAGAAACAAUCUGUUGUUGCCAUGUAGAUCUUUUUGGAUUGUAUUGAUAUUUUAUGUAAGCCCAAAUGUUGCUGUGCCUUUAUGUAGUCUAUUUUGUAAAAAAGGAAAAGUCUUGGUUCGUUCAUGCUGUUGUUUCCAAACGUUGUGGCCAAAGUGCGCUGUAUACAAAUCGAUAUAUAAACACACAUAUUUUAUGAUCGAAAGCAUCCUCAACAACAUAAGGACUUUGCUGUUUCAGAUAUUAAGGACAGAUUCUGGAAGCCUUGUUCCACGUCAGCACAAUCAAAUGCCAAAUGUCCCGUCCUCGUGGUGUUACGUCAUCUGAAGGUGCUUUUCAAUGCACGUGCAUUGUUAAAGUAAAAUACGUGUACAUUUGAUACUUUAUUGUUCUUAAUAUUUGUAAAAUUGAAGAACUAAGUGUACCCAGAUUGUAUGUUAACGUCUAUAUUUUGUGCAUUCCUGAAUAAAUGGUUCAAAUGUAAUUAA